AUGAAGCCACUGCGCGAUAGACACUUCUUCACAGCUUUGCUCAUCGCACUACAGCCCGCGCUGCACUCGAGUAUUAUCGAGCCACUUGACAACCUCGAAAUGUCCGUGCUCCGCUGCCAGAUCCAACGCCUCACCCGUGCAAUGACCACUCUUCUCGGUGUAACCAGCCCAAAGGGGGCCAGUCUUCCUAAGAACGUACUCCAAGGUGUGUUGCGACGCGCCCGCCCCGCAAGCAGCGGUGAAAGUUUCAUGACUCAAACCCCCCAGUCCCAUGCAACGCAGUACAUGCGGAAGCCACACUUGAAGGUGGUGAAAUGGCUACAUCAAGUUCAUGUUGUUUCUACACAAGUUUUGCGGAAAGUGGUCAACAGUGGAGGUCUCGAGCUUGUCGAGUGGGUUUAA